AGCCACUGAAAUUAGGCCAUUUUCCAGAAUCGCCCUCCAAACCAAAUCGCAAUUGCCCACAAAUGCUGUUCUGACAUGGUCUCGCUUUUCGAUAUCAGCACCCAGAAGCCUUUCUGGAGCCAUCUUUCGACCGGGGUGCCGACGCUAGAUCUGAUGCUCAGGCUCCAGAGCGACGCGCUUUUGGACUUGCAAAGUGUGCCCGCUAACUCAGCUUUUUCCGCGGUUCUAUGUAGUCUUGUAGCGUCCCAUCUUCUACUGUCGCCAGAGCUGAAGGUGGUGGUUCUUGAGACGUUGAACGCGUUUCCGUGGCUGAUUUUGGAACAGCACCCGUCGUUUGAUGCCGCAUGGGUGGACCAGGGCCGCCUCGUGUCGUACCAUGUGCCGACGUUUGCCCAGUUGUACGCGUUUUUUGCGUUCAUGCCGUUGCAGGAAGUCGAGCCUGGCUCUGUGCUUGUGGCUGUGACAAACUUCCAUGAAACCAUCGAGUUCUACCGCCUCCAGAUCUCGGCCACGCACGAGGAAUUGCUUCUUAAGCACCAGAUCGAUAAAAACCGGUGUUUUCUUGAGCACAUGCCCAAAGCCAUGGAAGAGGGCCUUGAUGCCAUUGCGUUGCCCCAAGUGCCGUUGAUAGCACGUGAGAAUCCAUAUACAAAGGCCCAGAACCACUUGAAUGGCCUUAUCCUGAUGAUGUCUGAUUUUGCCUUCAAGUUCUCCGCUGUCGUUUUGCUUGCGGGGCACUUGGAGCCAAAGUUCUUACCGAUCUCCCAAAUCCCGAUCUCCCAAGGGCCGACUUCUCAAAACACCUCGUUUCAUAGCAAGGACUCGUCCAGACAAGUGCUUCAGCCGGUGACGCUAGGCCCCUCCUCCUCUGAGAAACCCAAUUUGGCCGAAAGCAAAAUCACCGCGAGAUGGGUCUUCUACAACGACUGGUUCGACAAAAGUCCGUAUUUUGCAAGACAGCACAAACAGCUUGGAGAUCUGCAUCGCUUCUUUGUAUCGGUGGUGAAGGUGUCUUAUUUAAACGGAGUCAAUAACAUCAACGACCCGGUGUACUUUCACCAUAGCAAGCAUCCAAUGUUUUUUGACCAAGAGGACAUG